GUCCUCCGGUGGACAACAAUCGCUGCAUAGUCGGUGACAUAUUUCAGAACCUCAAUUCGAAUAGAGGCUUGUCCUGCGGGUUGGUCUCCUCAGCAAUUCAAGACGUUUCGCUCGCUGAUACUCCGUAGUCGUAGGUUACUUUCGGAUACUAUCACUGAGCAGUGUCGAAGAAACCGGGGUCCGCAGACGACGUGGAAAUUACUCGAUCGCACGUGGAGCUCGCAGCCUCCACUGGAAGCCGACGGCAAAAUGAGCGGAGAAGAUAAACUUUCGAAGAACGAAUUGAAACGAAGACUCAAAGCAGAGCAAAAGGAGAAGGAGCGUCUCCAGAAGCAGGAAGCAGCAGCAGCAGCAGCGGCGGCGGCGGCCGCUGCCUCCGAUGGCCGACCGAGGGACGUUCGGCCGAAAGUCCCCAAGGAUACACCUCAGGUCAACGAGGAGGAAUUAGACGCCAACGAGUACUUCAAAAUCCGAUCAGCAGCCGUAGCUCAACUCAAAGAACAGGGAGAUCACCCCUAUCCGCACAAGUUCCAUGUCUCAAUGUCGUUGGAAACUUUCAUCCACGACUUCCAGCAUCUGGACCCUGGGCAGGUCUUGGAAGCCCACAAGGUCUCGGUGGCUGGUCGGUGCCAUGCCAAAAGGGAGUCGGGCCAGAAGUUGAUCUUCUACGAUCUCCGCGGCGAAGGAGUGAAGAUUCAAGUGAUGGCAAACUUAUCGUAUUACGAGAGUGAGGAAGCUUUCUUCAAAAUCAACGACAAGCUCCGCCGCGGUGAUAUCAUCGGUGCAUACGGUUAUCCGGGCAAGACCAAAAAAGGUGAACUGUCGAUUGUUCCGAUCCGGAUGGAGUUGUUGUCGCCGUGUCUGCACAUGUUGCCCCACCUCCAUUUCGGUCUCAAGAACCAGGAAACUCGGUACCGCCAACGAUACCUGGACAUUAUUCUCAACGACAGUACGAGACAAAAAUUCGUCACUCGUGCGAAGGUCAUCAGGUUCGUCCGCGAAUUCCUCGACGGCAUGGGCUUUCUGGAAGUGGAGACACCGAUGAUGAACAUGAUCCCGGGAGGAGCGACUGCGAAACCCUUCCUCACAUAUCACAACGACCUCAAGCUGGAUCUGUACAUGAGAAUCGCACCGGAACUGUACCUCAAACAGCUGAUCGUCGGAGGUCUCGAGCGGGUCUACGAAAUCGGCCGCCAGUUCCGAAACGAAGGCAUCGACCUAACCCACAAUCCUGAGUUCACGACUUGCGAGUUCUAUCUCGCGUACGCGGACUACAACGACCUCAUGGAGAUCACAGAGCAGAUGAUUUCGCAGAUGGUCAAGAGGAUCAAAGGCACAUAUAUAGUGGAAUAUAGGCAGGCAGACGGGACCGAGCUUCAGAUCGACUUCACUCCUCCAUUCAAGCGCCUCAAUCUAAUGACGGAGCUUGCUAAAGAGAUGGGUGAAACCCUGCCGCCACCCCAAGAACUCGGGACGCCUGAAGCCAAUAAAGCUCUCUCCGAUCUCUGCCUGAAACAUCAAGUUGAAUGCGGAGCUCCGCGGACCACCGCGAGGCUUCUCGACAAGCUCGUCGGCAAAUACCUCGAGGAGAAAUGCAUCAACCCGACCUUCAUUACAGAUCAUCCGAGCAUCAUGAGUCCCUUGUCAAAAUGGCACAGGACGGUCAGAGGUCUCACGGAACGUUUUGAACUGUUCGUUGCGACCAAAGAGGUCGUCAAUGCUUAUACCGAGUUGAACGAUCCUGUGGUCCAGCGAGAACGCUUUGAGCAACAGGCGAAGAGCAAAGCCGCGGGCGAUGAUGAAGCCAUGUUCCUCGAUGAGAAUUUCUGCACUGCGCUCGAAUACGGUCUUCCACCGACGGGUGGUUUCGGUUUGGGAAUCGAUCGCUUGGUAAUGUUCUUGACGAAUUCGAAUAAUAUAAAGGAAGUGCUGCUCUUCCCAGCAAUGAAACCCGAGGAAAAAAUUCCCGCCGGAGACCAGCAACCGCCCCUACCACCGAUUUAGGACCUUGGCGCGACCAGCUUUAUUUUCUUGUCCGCUAUAAAUAAAUAGCUCUCGGCUACUCGCUGGGGCUCUGAACGAAAA